AUGAUUUUUGAAAUUUUAAUUUGUCUACAUAUCGUUUUAUACCCAACAGCAAGCUAGACAGCAAACGCUGACUAUGGUGCAGGUUUAAAUUCAGGCUAAAAUACUAAAAAUAUGCUAUUAUAGUUUGAAAGAAUAAACUAUAGCUCGCUGUUUAAAUAUGAUAAAAAUAAAGCUAUUACUCAGAUGGAGAAAACCUAGCCAAGUUCUACACCUCUUUGCAAUCCAGUCAUCGGAAUACUAACACAACCAGUUAGUGCUGGAAAUAGACAAAACUCCGAGUUCGAUCAAUACAUUUUGGACGUUAACAGAGAGUUUGUGGAAUUAUCUGGCAGCUGUGCUGUUCCUAUCAGAUAUGAUCUCCCAGAAAAUGAACUACUAGAUUUGCUUGCAAAGAUCAACGGAGUAUUAUUUACUGGAGGAGCUUUAGUUUUAAUUAACAGAAAAACAAAAGAAUAGAGUCAGUACUACAAAACUGCUAAGUUCAUCUUUAACUAUUGUCUUGAAAGGAAGGAUAAAUACAAUGAGCACUUCCCUAUAUUUGGAAAUUGCUAAGGUUUUUAAGUACUAACCCUCAUCGUCGCAAAUGAUAACAUUGACAUCUUAGAAAAAUUUCCAGCUCUCAGUAAUAAUCGAAGAGUUAGAUGGGCUUUCCCUAAUAAUGAAGUGAAAAAGGAAUCUAAAUUUUUUGAGAAUUUCAGCUAGGAGUUAAUAGACAAAAUGGCUAAUAAUAACCUCGCUUAUCAUGCUCAUUUCUUCGCCAUUCAUUCUAGAUUUUAUUAAGAAAUAGAAUCUCUUAGAAAAUUUUUCAAAGUAAUUGCAACUGAUACUUUGAUUUUCGGAUUCUCACCGUAUACUACUAUUAUUGAAGCUCAUGAUUAUCCCAUAUAUGCUAUACUAUUUCAUCCUGAAUACUAAUUACAAAACUAUACGGGAUGGUUGAGUCUAGCAACAAAUAAGAAUGAAGACACGAUUUAAAUCGCUAACUUAAUUAGUGAGUUCUACAAAUAGGAAUCAUUGAAAAAUGAACAUAAAUUUGAAAAUCAAGAGGAAUUUAACAAACUAAGAUCAGAAGACGUGUUAGAAAGCUCAUAUGAUUUUUUGAAGAAUUUAGUGACAGUCAAAGCAAACAGAUAUAAGAAGCAAACUUAAACAUCUUGA